CCACCAGCACCAACCUGUUGGUCCUCCGGCGCGGCCCUCUACCUUCCUCCGGUCCCGCUGAAGGAGCCGGUCUCAGCAUGCUUGAAAGUGGAAUUCGGAUUCACUCCUUACAGCGAGAGGCUGAACGGGCGGAUCGCGUUUCUCGGGCUGGUGGUGCUGCUGCUGCUGGAGCUGGCGACGGGGAAGAGCGUGCUCAGCUACCACACCCCGUCGAUCGUCCUCGUCCUCGUCCCGAUCUAAUUCUUCACGAGAAACAAAAGAAGAUGUCUCUAGUCACAGAAGAGAUCAGGGCUAAAGCCACGGAGGUCUACAAUGACGAGCUUGCGAACAAGUAUUAUAAGAAAAUGCUGAAGUGGCUGGAUGCUGAAUUAGAUUCGCCGCCGGACAAUGAAGAACUGAUGAGAAAGGACAGCGCCUGCGUUGCAGAAGCAGCUUUGAAACAUUACAACGAGAAGGAGGUAUUAUUGGGUUUGGUUUACCUUUUCCCCCCCUCGUGUUUCUUAGUUGAUUUGCCCCCUAUCCACUACUUCAAUUCUCCGGUUCCCAGACCUCGAUCGAUCGAUUUUUUCGUUAUGGAUGAACAGGGGACGAAGUAUGUGUUUGAUGAACCCUUCCUCUGCCGUUGC